GUGUACAAGCAACAGAUGACCUGAUUAAGAUGGGAAACAAGCAAACGAUAUUUACCGACGAGCAACUUGAUGCCUACCAGGAUUGUACAUUUUUCACCCGUAAAGAAAUUCUGCGGUUGCACGGCAGAUACCAUGAGUUGGCUCCACAUCUUGUCCCGAUGGACUACACCAAUGACCCUGAUUGUAAACUGCCUUUAGCCUUAAUAGUCAACAUGCCAGAGUUAAAGGAAAACCCCUUCCGCAACAGGAUCGUAGAGUCUUUCUCAGAGGAUGGGAUGGGGAAUCUCAGCUUCAAUGAAUUUGUGGACAUGUUCUCAGUCCUCAGUGAAAUGGCUCCUAGAGAGCUCAAGGCAAUAUAUGCCUUCAAAAUAUACGAUUUCAAUGUGGAUAAUUACCUGUGCAAAGAGGACCUGGAAAAGACUCUGAAUAGGCUGACAAAGGAGGAGUUGACUCCUGAAGAGGUGCAGCUUGUGUGUGAGAAAGCCAUCGAGGAGGCGGAUUUAGACGGAGACAACAAACUCUCUUAUGCUGACUUUGAAAAUAUGAUUACGAGGGCUCCUGACUUUUUAAGUACCUUCCAUAUACGAAUCUGAGAGGGCUCCAUGGAGGGUUUCCAAGGUCGACAGCGUGGUGAACCUC